AACUUGUGUCUCCCUGCACCAACUAAAGUAUUAUAUAUAGUGAUAGAAACUCAUAGUAACCAAGGCACAGACCAUUCCUCCCAUUAGUCAUCCAAAUACAGAAUAACAAAAGAACAUGGCUGGUCUGUUCAUAAAUCUUCACCAACACUUCUCUAUUUCAGUUCAUGUCUUCUUCAUCCUACUCUGCACCUUGCCAUCUUCAAUUGCAAUCACCGAAAAAUUCUCGGAUGCCAGACAAGCUCUCCUAUCUUUCAAGCUGCAGCUCUCCAAUGAUCCUCUUGGAGCAUUGGCCUCAUGGAACAAUGAUUCUGCCAAUUUCUGCAAGUGGCAAGGAAUCACAUGCAGUAAAAGGCACACUAAUCGUGUCAUUGCACUGGACUUGCACUCCAAGGGCCUUGUUGGUCAGAUACCACUCAGUAUAGCCAACCUCUCUUUCCUCACAGCCAUUGACCUAUCUGAUAAUCAUCUCCACAGUGCCAUACCCUAUGAAAUUGGUGGCCUGAAGAGGCUUAGAAAGCUGAACCUAAGUAUGAAUUCACUCGAUGGCACGAUACCUGCAGCUUUGUCAUCAUUGUCUAGCCUCGAGGAAAUCAGCCUCUGGAACAAUUCACUCUCAGGUGAGAUCCCUUCAAACCUUAGCCGAUGCUCCAAACUCAAGUUCAUCCAUUUCAGUAGCAACAAGCUCCAAGGAAGAAUUCCUACAUGGGUUGGGACACUCCCUGCCCUCCAAGCAUUGAUUCUGUCAGGAAAUAACUUUGUCGGUAACGUCCCUGACUCAUUAGGCACUACGCCAUCUAUUACCUAUGUUAAUCUAGGCCAAAACUACCUUACUGGAGGAAUUCCACAUAAUAUAACAAACAGCCAAUCUCUGCAAUACCUAGUACUCCCAUAUAAUGGUCUUAGCGGCAUGAUUCCUCCAGAAUUGUUCAAUAGCUCAUCCCUCGUGAUGCUUGAUCUUACACGCAAUAAUUUCACUGGAGCUAUACCAUCUGUCAGUUCAGUGUCAUCACCUCUUUUUUCCCUUACCUUGGGCGAUAACAGCCUUUCAGGAAGCAUCCCUGUACCCCUGGCAAAUUUUUCUUCCCUUUUGAUGUUGUACCUUGGUGGCAACAACCUCGUUGGUAGCAUACCUGAUAGUUUGGGCAUGUUGCAACUUGAAAUAUUGGAUAUAAGCAUCAAUAAGCUGUCAGGCUUGGUACCAUAUUGUAUUUAUAAUAUGUCAUCAUUAACUUUUCUAAGCAUUGGUAAUAACUCCUUUGCUGGAAAACUUCCAUGGAACAUUGGUCUCCUUCUACCUUCCAUUAGCACAUUGAUACUACAAGCAAACAGAUUUGAGGGUCCGAUUCCAUCCUCAUUGGUUAAUGCAUCUAGUCUUGAAGUCCUUGAUCUAGGGGUGAACUCAUUCCAUGGGUUAGUUCCUAAAUUAGGGACCUUGACUAUGCUGAAGGAAUUGGACAUAGGUGUGAAUCACCUCGAAGGACAAGUUUGGAGCUCUCUUUCCCCUCUCAUAAAUUGCAGCAAUCUGGUCAAAUUGCUCUUAGAUGACAAUAAGUUCACAGGAAGCCUGCCUGAAUCAGUUGGCAAUUUUACGAUAAAUAUGAACUGGUUAUGGUUAAGCAAGAACAAUUUUUCAGGAAGCAUACCUUCUAGCAUAGGGAACCUUAAGAACCUGACAUUGCUUUAUGCAGACCAGAAUCAGUUAACUGGAAGUAUUCCUUCAACCAUUGGCAAUCUUCACAAAUUGGGUUCUCUAAGCUUGGCAAGAAAUAAGCUUACAGGUGUCAUUCCAAAUUCUAUCGGUAAUCUUGACCAGGUGGAGGAAAUGUACCUGGACAAUAAUGAAUUAGAGGGGACAAUACCAUCCACUUUAGAAGGCUGCAAAAAUUUGUUGAUUCUAAACUCGUCCUCUAACAGACUUGAUGGAAACAUACCAGUAGAACUCUUUAGACUCUCAUCACUUUCACGCGGAUUGGACUUGUCCCACAACCUCAUUAGUGGUUCCAUACCAUCACAGGUUGGGAGUCUUAUCAAUCUUGGACAGUUAUAUCUUUCGGGAAACCUGCUGUCAGGAAAAGUUCCAUUUUCAAUAGGACAAUGUGUGCUUUUGCAAUCCCUGAAAUUGGAUCGGAACUCCCUUGAUGGGGGCAUUCCUGAAUCCUUCAGAAACUUGAAAGGCAUUGAGGAAAUGGACCUCUCUCAAAACCAGUUAUCUGGACCCAUUCCAAGUUUCUUCGGAUUGUAUACUUCAUUGCGAUACUUGAAUCUGUCUUUCAAUGAUUUUAGCGGGCCAGUUCCAAUUGGAAGUCCUUUCAAUAGUACAGCUGAGGUAUCUCUUCAAGGAAAUAAGAUGUUAUGUGCAUUUACUACAAUACAUGGGUUGCCACCUUGCUUGACAUUUAACUCGAGUGGAAAAGGGAUAUCUUAUAUCAUGAAGAUUGUUCUUCCACUUGGUAUUUUUUCCUUGGUUUCAUUGCUAUGUCUAUUGUGGUUAUUUUUCACUAAGAGGAGAAGACAACCUCAAAGGAUUUUCAUCAGUAACAGGAAGCUGAAGAAAGUAUCUUAUGCUAACAUUUUCAACGGAACAAACAAUUUCUCACCUGAGAAUUUGGUUGGGAUGGGUCGGUUCGGGGCAGUAUAUAAGGCUGUAUUGGACAUUGCUGCUCUUCCUGUAGCAGUUAAAGUGUUCAAUCUUGAGCAACAUGGAGCAGUGAAGAGCUUUUGUGAUGAAUGCAACGUCCUGAAAAGAAUUCGCCACCGGAAUCUAAUCAACGUCAUCACCUUGUGUUCUACCAUCGAUUACAGCGGGAAGGAGUUUAAAGCUCUCAUCUUUGAAUAUAUGCCAAAUGGUAAUUUAGAGAAGUGGAUCCAUCCAACAACAUAUGGAUCUGGAGAGGGGCCAUUAAGUCUUGGGCAAAGGAUAAACAUAGCCAUGGAUGUCGCAUAUGCUUUAGAUUAUCUGCAUAACCGUUGUGUGCCUGCAUUGGUUCAUUGUGAUCUGAAGCCAAGCAAUAUUCUAUUGGAUUAUGACAUGACAGCACAUGUUGCUGACUUUGGAUUGACAAAAUUUCUGAAUACAAGCUCAUCCGUGCAGCAAAACAGCUCAACAAUGUCAUGUGGACCUAUUGGUUCAAUCGGAUAUAUUGCACCAGAGUAUGCCUUGGGCGUCAAGAAUACAACUGAAGGCGAUGUCUAUAGCUAUGGAGUACUGCUGCUACAAUUGAUCACUGGAAAGAGACCAACUGAUGAAAUAUUCAAGGAUGGCUUAAACCUCCACAAAUUUGUGUAUGCCGUGUUUCCAGAAAGGAUCUGCGAGAUUUUGGAUGCUAAUUUGCUACAAGAACUCAGUAAUGCUGGUUCUGAUUCUGGAGAACAAAAUUGUGCUGAAGCUUGGAUGCAUGGCUGCAUUAUCCCACUCGUCAAAAUAGGCCUUUUAUGCUGCGUGGAGCUGCCAAGACAACGAAUGAGGAUGGGCGAUGUGUGCAGUGAAGUUGCAGGAAUCAAAGACGAAUACUUAAUGUCACUGCUGCAAUCGGAGCAACGCAUUGGUUAUUAGCUAGCUAGUUCUUAAGAGUGAUGGUUUUGAUUCAGUGAUCACAAGAGGAGGGAUGCUACUAUGCAGAUUAUGUUUGAGAUUGUCAUUAUUGUUAUUGAUUCACAGAAUACACAAUAAGGCAAACUAGUGUCGUAAAAAAAAAGACCAACUAGUCAUUAUAUUUUUAGUUUCUACCGAAGUGGCCAAGUUUCCCUGCAUUGGUUUGAGAAUUAAUACAUGAUACCACAAAGUUGUUUAUUUCAAAUAUAAUCAGCGGCACUUCUUGUUUCUUA